AUGUCAGGGCACAGCAAGAACGCAGACCAAGAAGCACUCUUGGAUGAGGAGCUUGAUGAAGAUGAGAUCUUGGCCAACUUGUCCCCUGAAGAGCUCAAAGAACUACAAACUGAAAUGGAAGUCAUGGCGCCCGACCCCAGGCUUCCUGUGGGAAUGAUCCAGAAAGAUCAAACGGACAAGCCGCCGACUGGAAACUUUGACCAUAAGUCUCUCGUUGAUUAUAUGUACUGGCAAAAGGCAUCCCGACGCAUGCUGGAGGACGAACGCGUUCCGGUCACCUUUGUGCCAUCUGAGGAGACCACACAAGAACAGCAGCAAGCAAUCGCCAGACACAAUCAAAACGUGUCCGGGUUUUUAAAAGAAAAGCUUAACAGUGACAUAGGUGCAGAUAAAAGAGAACCAACGGGCAAUAACAGUGUUCAAGAAACAGAUAAUAAUGAAAGCGAAGAAGAAGAAGAAGAAGAGGAGGAGGAGGAGGAGGAAGAAGAAGAAGAAACAGAUGAUGGUGAAGAAAGUGAUGGGAAAACUAAAGGUGAAACAAAGGCGCAAAUUCUAAACGGCGAGGGCGACUGCCAACAGAUGACUACCAAAACCUUGGAAAAACAGAAAGACGGAUCAGAGACCCAAGAAAAAAGUGAGAAAAAAAUCUCAAAGUUAGACCCCAAGAAGCUUGCUUUAGAUACCAGUUUUUUGAAGGUCAGUGCAAGGCCGUCCGGAAACCAGACAGACCUGGAUGGAAGUUUGCGGCGAGUCCGGCAAAAUGAUCCCGACAUGACGGAACUCAACCUGAACAACAUUGAAAACAUCCCCAAAGAAAUGCUCCUGGACUUCGUCAACGCCAUGAAGAAAAACAAGCACGUCAAAGCCUUCAGCCUAGCGAACGUGGGGGCGGAUGAGAACGUGGCGUUUGCCUUGGCGAACAUGCUGCGAGAAAACCGGAGCAUCAGCACGCUCAACAUCGAGUCCAAUGCCAUCAGCGGCAAAGGCAUCGUGGCCAUCAUGCGCUGCCUGCAGUUCAACGAGACGCUGGCCGAGCUCCGGUUUCACAACCAGCGGCACCUGCUGGGCCACCAGGCCGAGAUGGAAAUCGCCAGGCUGCUGAAGGCCAACAGCACCCUCCUCAAGAUGGGCUACCACUUCGAGCUGCCGGGCCCCAGGAUGGUGGUCACCAACCUGCUCACCCGCAACCAGGACAAGCAGAGGCAGAGAAGGCUGGAAGAUCAAAAGCAGCAGCAACUGAAAGAGCAGAGGCAGUUAAUAGCCAUGCUGGAGAACGGCCUGGGGCUGCCCCCGGGCAUGUGGGAGAUGCUGGGGGGACCGAUGCCCGAUCUGAGGAUGCAGGAGUUCCUGCAGCCUCUUCCGGGGCCUCCCAGCCCGCGGGCAGUGCCGGCCAGUCACCGCGGCGAACCCCCAAAGCCGCCGUCGGCGCAGUCUCCGCAGCACGGGGUUGACCCCGACUCCUUCCGGGUGGUGAAGCUCAAGCGAAUCCAGCGAAAACCCCGCCUGGCAGACGCCCGGGAGUCCGCGGAGAAAACCAACCUGAAGGACGUGAUCAGAACCCUGAAGCCCGUGCCCAGGAACAGGCCGCCGCCGCUGGUGGAGAUCACGCCCCGAGACCAGCUCCUGAACGACAUCCGCCACAGCAACGUUGCCUAUCUCAAACCUGUACAAGUGCCAAAAGAACUGGAAUAGAGGACAACCGAACCAUCUAGAAGAACAAGACAUUGGAACAAUGGCUCUUGCCUGGGAGCUUGGAGACUAUUCCAACAGCAAUGCUUCGGGAUCCAGGUGGCAGAACUGGGAACAAUAUUAACAUCUCAGAGGGAUAUUUAUAAAAGAAGAAAACCGGUCAUGACAAGAUAGAGGCGGAAGGGCGGGAGGGACUACAUCAACAAUUAGCAUCCAGGGGCAGCAUAUUCGACUUCUAACUGCUUUUAGUGGUUGAGGUAAGACUGAGUCAUGUUACGUGAAACAGCAACAACAAAGGUAGUUAAAAAAUCAACAUUUGCCUUUUGCUUUCUAUGGGUAAAUAACAAUAUGUAUAACUGCUAGCUGUACUAGCUCCACUUGUCCGGUUUCUCCUGGUUCCGCUGCUGUACCUCAGCUGCAGUAGGUACCAGGCCUUAAAGGGAACAUGCCCUGUUGUACCCUAUGGAGCUGUAAAGUACCUGAGCUCCAGGACUGUCCAGUGCAAUGACAUCAGCGAAUGGAUGGUCAGCUCUUUAGAGAAUCCAUCGUGAUUUCCAGUCUCCAAGCUUACCUGGUUUCUCCCUGGGACAUGCCCCCAUGUUUCAAAACAUACUUCUGACAAAGUUAUCUAUCAAGGGCAGAAUGUCACCUAUCAAGCACAGAAUGUCACCAGAAGAAGAAAUAAAAAAUCAGCGUGAAAAAUGAAGUUUACAUAGAUGAGAGGACUUCAGAAAUUUCAUGGUAAAUUGCAAUGAAAAGGGCAUCGAAUUUUCCCAUGGACCUUGAGAAGUUUCUGCAUAUAUACAAAUUUCUCCCAGUGAGUUUCCAUGUAUAUAGGGCCAGUGAGAGAGAAUAUGCUGUUUUUGUAGGAAUUUUUAAAAGAUAAUGUUGUUAACAAUAGCAUUUGGUUUGUGCUAAUGAUAUUUUCUAGUUUGUUUUGUUGCUGUGACUUUAAGUCUAGUCUGUGAGUUCACUUGGGUCUUGUUCCUCCCAAAAAUCUUCUAAAGGAAGAAUUGGGAUCAUGAUAGUUGGGUUUGGGGGGAGGGGGGAGGAAGCAUUUAAGACCUAGAGGAAAG